UUGAACAUGGUGGAAGUCUGCAUACGGAGCAGUCCACACUUCGUCGCGCUGCACCCAUGACUGGCGUGGUCGGGCCAUCGGGUCCCUGCGUAUGGGCGGUGCACGUUCGCCGAUGCCUGCGUGCACAACGCCGAUCGAAUCCGAAGUGAGGGACGAGGGAACGUGCAGAGCGCCGGUACGUCCACAACCCACUGUGGAGAACAUAACACGUGGAGUGUCCAACAUGCGGGCGCACAACGAUGGCAGGGAAGACGACGGUGGAUUCGGUGACGAUGCAGACGAAGGGAUGAGGGAGGACGUGGAAGCGGGGGACGACGACGACGACAUUCCUAUUCGGCCUUUGGGGAAGACGGGUGGGAGGGGGAAAGGACGCGACAGAGGUGGUGUCUGUGGUCGAUCCAUUGCCCGUGGAAGUAGAGGUGGUGUGAGCGACGACGACGGGAAGUCUCCGACGUACUGGUCUGCAGAAGACCAAAUGCUCCUGAUGCGAUGCAAGCGGGAGCAAGAUAUGCACCUCGCCGGCUUGACUCACAAUUACGGGCGGAUGAAGACGAAAGAGUGGAAGUGGGAUGACAUGUUGAAGCGGAUCAGAGCAAGCGUGCCGCGUCGUGGGGUGCAAGGUUGGGCGCAGGCCGCGGAAGAUGACAAUGACGACGAUUUCACAACGGAGGACGAGCAAGGCGAGGCGACGGCGUCUGCAGUACGAGAGAGUGGUAGGCAGCGUUCUUCAAAUCAGAGCGCUUCGAAGAGGAUGUUUACCCCUCCGCCGGAGGCGCAGCAGCUGCGUAUCCACGAAACGUGGAAAGAGAAGGGUGUUGUGGUGGACCUUGGCGGCCAUGACGACGAGCCUUUGGAAAAACGUCGCCUGGGCACUGCAACACAAGCGACCGCAACGAUGGUGUCAACGGCUCGCGCUGCGGCGGACGAAAGGCCGAUCACAGGUACACUGCCCAGCACGCCGUCUCAACCACAUCAGCGCAACGAUGGUGCUAACGGUGCGUCUGUCCAACGCGGUGGGGGGGGGGGAGUCAUGGCAGACGCGCGAGCAGCAGGGGGCAAGGCGGCAGGUGGCGCGGGUGUGGGUGUUGCAGGUGUUGUGGUUCCCGUUCUGGCGGCGAAAGAGGAGGCUGCAGUUCCGGCGAUGGCGAGAGAGGAGGGUCCUGGACAAAACAAAAACGAACGGGAUGGCGGCGAGGCCGCUUCAAGCCGGGCACGCAGGGGAGUCAUGACGAAAGAGCUCAUCGACCGUGCCCUGCUUUUGGUGGAUGACAAAGCUUUCUGGAACCGCCCAAGGGGGUACCACCUUGCUUUCCAGUACUCGUUGGAGUCCGUAGCGACGAACAUUGCGCGUGCAAUGUGGUACGGCGAGGAGUGGUGCAACGUCGUCAGCGCGGCGAUCUGCGUCCACACGAUAAAUCUGAACAUGGACCUUCCACUGUGGUACGCCGGCGCGAAUAUCGAGGAUAGACCUAAGGACGACGACAUGGCGGCGCACCAGGAAGUCCACCGUCAUCCGCAUCGUGCAUUCAUUCCGCGUGGCGGUGCAAAUGGGCGCUCACAUCGAAGCGAUUUCAUCUCCUACGAGCGUCUAUGUCGGGUGGCUGACUGCUUCAGUCUGUUGCUGGCGGCGUCCAUGUGGAUAAUGCGCAUGGUGAGAGACGAUCCGCGCAGCCACUACGAAGCAUUUUACUUCGCGGAUCUCGUCGCCAGGCCGACACUAGUCGCCUCCAUGCAUCGCUCCUUCGAUCAUCAACGAUCCAUCGUCCUCGCCACGAAUGUCAUCACGGAGAGGCUUGGGAAGGCGAAAGCCAUGCUCGGAGUGUACCCCGGCUACAUCCCUGAUUGGGCAUCAUGCGGCAUCGGAUUUGCGCACGACGCGAGCAUCAAGGGGCCAGAGGAUGCAAAGAGGCUGGAUUGGUUGGGUUCGGGCCCCCCUGAUGAUGACAACAAAGGCGAAGGAAAAGACGACGCAUAAGGCGGGCGGGUUUGUGGGGGUAGAGCGGGGAGACU